UGUAGCUGCGGAAAGUUUGGAUGUGCCUCCUGAUUGCAAAAUGGGAAAUUUAUGGCUUACAAGAACUUUGUAUACCUUAUCAAAUGCCCUUUUGUGAAGGCGUGCACUAGAAGAAAGAAUGGAUAAAAGCAUCUUGAGCGGCCUGCGCCGUUCUAUAAAAGGAGGGAAAAAUCAUGCAGCUUGCCUCAUGGUUUUGUUGACUCUGUGCCAGGAAAUAUGGAACAGUCCCUAUUCAAAUGAUAGCUUCCCUGUUUAUGCUGAGGACAUUGAUGAAGGUUCAUCUCCUUCAACUGCUAUGUUAUCUGAAGCUGCUAAGGCCUUGAAGGUUACCAUAGUGGGCAGUUCAAUCCCAGAAAGAUGUGGUGAUCGAUUGUAUAACGCUUGUUGUGUUUUUGGUUCCAUUGGAGUGCUGAAAGCCAAGCACCGCAAGACGUUGGACGUAUUGGUAUAGGCAUCUGUUAUGAUAUUCGGUUUUAGGAAUUGGCAAUGAUUUAUGCUGCAAGAGGUAGGUUUCGUUUCCUCUUCGUCUAUUUUGCAUUUCCUACAAUGUUGACUCACUGCAUACUGGUGCUGGGGCUGCCACUGGCCCAGUCUAUGCAGUUCGAAAGUAAGAAGAUUUCUGACAGUAAACAUGUAUGUCUUAAGUGGUGGACCUUUGGAUUGUUUUCCUUUGAUUUAUUUUCGUUUUAUCCCUUCCAAUGAUUUUUAAGUUGAAAAUCAGCAAAGUAAGCCUUGCACAAAGGGGGCUUAGCUGUAUAAAUGCUUUUACGACAUUGCGAUAUGUCCUCUAUUGCUUUUUGUAUAGAAGAUAUCUCUUUGCAAUAUUGAGUCCUAA